UCCAGAGCCCCCCCGGAAGCAGAAGCGCUGGGCGAGGAGCGCGUGCGGGCGGGGCGCGCCCUGAUUGGCUGCCCCCGCGGCCCGUUCUCGGCUCACGCGGACGGGGCUUCCAUUCGGGGAAACAUGCCUCUGGCUAGAGAUCUGGUGCACCCCUCCUUGGAGGAGGAAAAGAAGAAACACAAAAAGAAACGGUUGGUCCAGAGCCCGAAUUCCUAUUUCAUGGAUGUGAAGUGUCCAGGCUGCUACAAGAUCACCACAGUGUUCAGUCACGCCCAGACAGUGGUUCUGUGUGUAGGAUGCUCAACUGUCUUGUGCCAGCCUACAGGAGGAAAGGCCAGGCUUACAGAAGGUUGCUCAUUUAGAAGAAAGCAGCACUAACUGGUCCCUUUACCAACAUGACUGUCACAUUAUGUGCUUCUGGAAGCCUUAUCUGUUCAGAAAUGCUGGUUAACAACUGUUGGAUAUUAAAAAACAAACAAAAAAACCCCCAUCAGUGCUAUACUAGCUAGUCUGUUUUUCAAUACAUGUCUUAAUUAUGUGCUAUUUUUUCCUGUAAGUCCCUGGGUAAUUGAGCUCUAUUUUUAUAGCUUUGUUAUUAUACAACAUAUUCUGAAUGGGUGGUGCCAUUCCCAAUGAGAAGAGAAUUAGAACUUUAGACUUGUAACACAUUUCCUUUUCUUAAUUAUUAACUGAUUUAAUUGCGGCUGCUCCAUCAGCUAUAAAAAUGAAAGGCAUAUUAGUUUAGUUACAAUUGGGGAUUGCUAUAAGAAUGCAUCUCAUACUUGACCAGAGUCACUUUACUGUGAAACAUGGAAGUUAAAAUUACUAGGUGGUUUAUACAAAGCAACUUCAACCCACUGACUUUCAGCAUUACAGUAGUUCCACUAAUUUACUGUGGGUAUGCACAGAUGGUCUGAGACAGCUUACCAUUUCUCAAAUGAAGCUAGUUGAGCUGAGCCAAGCCCAUUUUAUGAGUUAUUUGGAAUGUGUGGCACUUUCUCUUCCCCACUGCUGCCAUUCUAAAUUCAAAAAUUUCUUUUGGCAUUGUACUGAAAAACAGGCGUAUUUUUUUUUUUUUAUCAAAAGCAAACUUUAAAGAAAAGUGUUCUGCAUACAAAAGGUUCAUAUACCACAACACUUAUUGCACAGCAAGUUGAGACUAGAACUAGCAUAUCAUAAGAUGACUCAAAUCGAUAAGAGUGGAACUAAAAUGAUUUUGGAACAAGUUCAUGCGUAAUAUUUUCAGCACUAUAAUAUGAAAUACCUACCAAGCAUAGAAGUUGGAGAGCCCUUUGGAGUAAAAAAAACCCCCCAACAAGUAGCUAAGUUGGUUUCAAAGAAAGUGCAAGCCAUUUCAAAGCUGCAAUGCAAGAAUAUCUGAAUUAACAUUUCAGGGGGGUUUGCUCCUAUGAGUUUACAAUGUCAUCAAAUCUGGGCUUUAAAAUAUAUAUAUUUUUUAAAAUAAAAGGUUUUGCUUGUAUAAAAAAGGAAGCCAUUACAUGCAUUAGUUUAUCUUUUACUGAUAUAAGGGUAAUUGAAAAAUUGUUUCUUUCACAACUGAUACUGUAUUCAUGGUAGAUUGUAAAAACCAAGUCUGUCAGAUUCAAAUUAAUUAAAUUGCUUGAAAAUAUA